AUGGCGGUGGAACGCGAUCCCGAACGAUGUGAACGUCACCGGGCAGCCCUGCCAAAGGUGCAGGUCGCUUGCUCCGAGGUGACACCUCAGAACAUCAUGUCGCUGAUACAGCCGGCGCUGGAUUCUGUGGAUGAAAUUGAUGUGCUGAAGGUGGAUAUCGACUCCUAUGACUGCCCUGUGCUGGAAAUGAUCUUGCCGGACGUUCGGGCGAAGAUCGUCCUGGUUGAGGCCAACCCAUCCAUCCCUCCACCUUACCAGUGGGCGAUGCUGCACCAUCCGGAGCUUUGGAGCUUUUUCAACUCCUUCCAUAGCCCCGAAGAGGUUCCCAUCCGGGGGUGCUCGCUGGCAUACGAGGUGCAGUUGCUCCGACGUUAUGGCUAUGACCUCGUGGCGUUCGGAGGACACGAUGCGGUCUUCACCCAUGAGUCGGUGCGCAGCGCGUUCAAUCCAUACCAUGUGCCGAUGGAUGAGUUUGAUUGCUACAAUGAGGCCUUCAUUGCGGCCAAUGGCAUUCCUAUCAGCCGUACCCGGCGUUGGUUCUUCGGGAUCAAUGACACACAGGUUGGUCUCCCUGAGAUCUGGGAAUUCUUCGUGGAUUGGAUGAAGGUGAAUGCACCGCGCCUCUUCUCCUUCGCGCUCCGCGUUUGA